AUGAUGAAAUUGAACACAUUCCAAUACCAUCUGAACAUCCAUUCCGAAAUUAAGGAGAAGAACUCUAAAAUAUUUGCUGUCACAUUCUUUUUUUCGAACUUGUCAAUUUUGCAAUUUUCUGUUCUCAUUUCUUUGCCCAUCAGAUCGACAUCUCGCUCUCUGUUAAUACCUUUUACACACAACCAAAACACUGAACCCAAAACACACUUGAUACCACUGUACAUCUACAAACAACUCUGUUACAAGUCAAAAGGGCACCCGACCAUGUCGUCUACUACAAAACACAACAUUUCAUCGCCCAGUAAGCGUCGCCGAGUUCUUAGUGACAUUGUCAACACCAACAGUGGACUAGGAUUUGACAUGGUGAACAUCAACCAUUCGGAUGCAGAAUGGAAGCAUUCGGCCACAUCAAACAUUCCGCUUCCAUCCAGAGAAGCUAGAAGUGAUGUAAGUCACAGCGAAGGUCGUUUAACGUAUCGAAGUAAAGAGAAUUCUAAAAUUCCUACUAAGGUCGAUAGCUACAUCGCCAUGAACACCAGCUUAACCGAGAAAAGCAAAAUCAGAUUGCCCAAGUUUGAGGUUUCAUAUGAACGUGACCGCUUACAAGAAAACGCCAGAGUGGAGCGAGAAUUGGACGCCCUCAGAGCCAAAUUGAAAGGUCUUGAUGAGGAAUUGCUUCGAGCAGCUAAUGGACUUCAUUCAUUGCUCGACACUAAUGAGGAGUUGCAGAGCCAAAUAAGGCACCUUCUGCGGCGCCGGGGAGAGCUCCGUGAGCAGAAUCGCAAGGCUGAGAAGGAUUUCGAUGACACAGAAGCCAGAGUAAAUUCAAAAGUGGCUCACGAGGAGAAGAUGAUGCAUUUACAAUUGGAAGAGCUCAUGCUCAAACUCAAAGACGACUAUAACGAGGCCAAGUUUCAAUUGGAGCAGCAAGUGAAGGAAACACAAUUUGUAGACCACGAGUUGACAGGACAAGGCGAAACACUUCAGAAGGAGAAGGAGAAGUUGGAGCAACAGCUCCAGGAGGUGAUUGACAGGAAAAUCAAUUCUCUUGCGGCAGAACAAAAGGCCAUGGAUGAGGAAUUACAGGAAACUUUGCAUGAAAAACGCCAGAUAGUCGAAAAGGCUACUGCUACAUACCACGAGAAACAGGAACGGUUUGAUAAGGUAAUGAAGGAAUACGAGGAAAUUUCAAAAGAUGUUGAGAACAGGAAGCUCACAGCAAGCGAUAUUUCCACACAAAUCGAUGAGCUCAACAGGAAGAUAGACAUGUUCGAAGAGACAAAAAAGCUGCAUGAACAUCAUCUUCAAUGCCUAAAUGACGAACUCCGAAACUUGCAAGGGGACGAUUUGGACUGGCAGGCAAAGCUCAUGGCCGAAAAGGAGAAGUACCUUGUAGUCUGUCAUAGGCAUGAGAAUUACAUGGCCACACGAAGGAUCCUCGAACACUCCAUUAUGAAUUUCUCGAAUCGAGCCAGACUCUUUGUGAGAAUUUCGGGCGAUGAUUUAAUUUUGGUGGAUGAGAAGGAUGCUGUAGUUGGAGGAGUACAAUACCAGUUUGAUAAGGUGGGACUUCUUGAGGAGGAUAAUGAUGACAAAUACUCGUUGGAGUGGAAGCUACUAUCUAAUGAGGCAUUGAUGAAAAACGACGUAUCAAUCAUCUUUUCGGGCUCUGUUCGCAAAACACCAUCAUACAAUCUAAUGAAUGCCUUCUCAUACUUGAGCGAUACCGAGGCUCGAUAUACACAUUAUGGCUGGACAAUUAGCUACAAUGUUCAAAGUUUAGUCAUCGAUUCCACUGCCGUGGACAUUCUCAACAACUCCACAGAGACUGCCUUGGACUUUCUGGGCAAAAAAUUGAAUGUCAUCAGCCAGCGAAUGACAAUUAACAGUCUGUCUGAUUUGAUUGCAAUCAAGGAAGCAGAUGUCACCGACAAAGCCGUUUGUCACAUUAUCACCACCGCGGCGUCCAAAGGUGCCAAGAUAAGCUCUCAUCAGCUUUUUAUUCUUAAUGUAUCCAACAUUUCUCCGAUGCUCCAGUCUCAAUAUUUCGAAGCAUCUGGUGACGGAAUUCUUCAGCAACUUCUUAACUACCUCGCAUCCAACACAAAAGUGAUUAAUGUUUGUGAUAUUACUACAGAACACCACAAGUUACUUGAUCAAGUCAGUACAUUCCACAGAUGA